CUAACACUAAACUCUCCAUCACAAGCGAGCAGUAGCAGUACUCGAUUUAGCGUGCAAAGUACUGCAGCAGAAGCCAUGGCAUCCAAGGCCUCAGCAUCGGCUGCCCUCUUCCUUGCUCUCAACCUUGUCUUCUUUGCACUCACCAGUGCUUGUGGCACCACUUGCACCCCCGCCACUAAGCCCCCACCGAGCUCUUCCCAUGGCAAAUGCCCCGUCGACACCCUCAAGCUGGCCUCCUGCGCCAACGUGCUCAAUGGCCUGAUCAAGGUCGGCGUCGGCAAGUUCCCGAAACAGCCGUGCGAGUGCUGCACUCUGCUCGAUGGCCUCGUCGACCUCGAGGCCGCCGUGUGCCUUUGCACUGCUAUCAAGGCCAAUGUCCUUGGCAUUCAUCUCAACCUCCCCAUCAACUUCAAACUUCUCCUCAACUACUGCGGUAAGAAGGCUCCCACCGGUUUCCAGUGCCCUUGAGCUCCCCCUGCAGAUCACAUCAUCGAUCCUCUUUGCCGUGGUGAAGUUUAUUGAGCAUUCAUUGUGUCUUUACUUCCUUUGUUUUGCUUUUGAUGACGAAAGUGUGAGUGUUGAUAUGAAGGGCAAUUGCUGCUUCAUGUAAUGUACCUGUCAUUCCCUUUUAAUUCACAGCUUGUUGAGUACCCCCUCGGGAUGUAAUGAGAUCAAUGCAUUCAAUAUAAAAUAUCUGCUGCAUUCA